UGUGUUUGUACUGUUUAAUAAAAAACAACAGUCUGCCGAUGUCAUCUUGAAGCUAAGGUUAAACUUUAUAGAAAUAUUUCCGAGCCGAGAAAUUGUGAUAGCAAACGAAAUCGUACGAGUUCAACAUCAUGGAUCCCAACGAUUAUCCAAGUGACAGUGAUGCAAGUGAUGAAGAUUUCCGACCCGACCAUGGUGAUAACGACUCGGGUAGUGAAAUUGAAUCCGAUGAUAAUAUAACUGACCAUAAUGAGAACGGAAAUGCCAAAUCACCUGAAGGUGCGAAGAAACGUAAGAAAUUGACAGGAAAAGCAGGAAGAAAAAAGUCGAAAGUCGAAACUAGGACUCAGGACACAAGCAAAUCAGAACCAAAGGAAGGAGAACUUGACGAAGAAGAAGAAAAACGUAAAACUGAUGCAUUAUGGGCAGAUUUCCUAGCUGGGACUGGAAGUUCUACUGAGUCUUCGAGUAAAUCCCCUACGAAAAAUAGUGGAAAAGAAUCAACAUCAACAGGGAACUCAACUAAAUCAACUAAGUCUAUUGAGCCAUUUAAAACUGUUACUAAAGUAUUCGAAUUUGCGGGUGAGGCAGUAGAAGUAACUGAAAAUAUACCAACUACACAAGAAGGAAAAGUAUUGGUAAAGCCUUCAUUAGCGACAGUUUCGUCGAAUAUGAAGAGUGGUCCAACGCGGCCUCUCUUGGGUCGUCCGUCAAGCGGAGGUCUGGGAGCAGUAUUAAACCAAAUUGGGAAGAAAAACAAACUCAGUACUUUGGAAAAAACUAAGCUCGACUGGAACAGCUUUAAGCGCACGGAAGGAAUUGAAGAAGAGCUACAAACUCACAAUAAAGGAAAGAAUGGCUACUUAGAAAAACAAGACUUCUUAGACAGGGCAGAUUUGCGACAAUUUGAGAUUGAAAAAUCUAUUCGACAAACGAGCAGGAGUAAUCGAUAAAGUUAUUCCUAUUGCUUUCCAUGAUUAGCCUUAGCUAUCCUGUGUUGCCAAUUGUAUCUUCAAUUUAAAGAAUUUGGAAAGAAAACAGGAUUGAAAGUAAAACGUCGAUAAUCAAGUUUUUUUCAAUUACCAUCUGUAAUAACCUUCACGUUUUGCUUAGUAUAUCCUUUUGAUUAUGAGCAUUGGAGCAGAA